AUUGUCAAAUGCCACUCACACUUAAACCUCAAAAUUGCUCAAAAUUUUGUUUAUUCCCUGAUUUCCCCCAUACUGAAAACAUCAGGGUUUUUUAAAUUCAAUUUAAGCAGAAAAAAUGCCGUACGCCAAUCAACCAUCAGUCCAUAUUACUGAUUUAACUGACGAAAACGUGAAGUUCUAUGUGGAAGAUACCGACCUCAGCGUGGCCAACAGCAUCAGAAGAAUUCUAAUAGCUGAAACCCCGACUCUGGCCAUAGAUUGGGUCAAGCUGGAGGCGAAUUCGACGGUGUUGAGUGAUGAGUUUUUAGCACACAGGAUUGGGUUGAUUCCCCUCAUAUCAGACGAAGUGGUCCAAAGAUUACAGUAUCCUCGGGAUUGUAUUUGCACUGAUUUUUGCCAAGAAUGCAGCGUGGAGUUCACAUUAGAUGUAAAGUGCACAGAUGACCAAACCAGACAUGUUACCACUGCAGACCUGAAGUCCAGCGACCCCCGCGUGAUCCCAGCCCCUUCGAAGCACCGCGAUGACGAUUCUAACGAUUAUGGGGAAACUGAUGAAAUACUGAUUGUAAAGCUGCGAAAGGGCCAAGAGCUGAAAAUCCGAGCAUAUGCGAAGAAGGGCUUUGGUAAGGAGCAUGCCAAAUGGAACCCCACUUGCGGUGUUGCUUUCGAGUACGACCCCGAUAAUGCAAUGAGGCACACACUGUUUCCAAAGCCGGAUGAGUGGCCGAAAAGCGAGUACACUGAACUGGAUGAUGAUCAAUAUGAGGCUCCUUUCAACUGGGAGCUGAAACCGAACAAGUUUUACUACAAUGUGGAGGCGGCUGGCCAGCUAAGGCCUGAAAACAUUGUAAUAAUGGGCGUCGGCAUGCUGAAGGAGAAAUUGUCAAAUCUACAGACCUUGCUGAGUCAUGAGUUGCAAAACGAUGCCUUGGCUAUAGCAUAGUGAAGCGAAAUCAAAGCAGUCAAUUCCUCAUAUUAUCAGCUUUCGAUUUUCUCAACAUAAUUAAAAGCUACGAAUAAGGUU